AUGGCUCUCUCUCCCUCUCUCCCUUAUGCAUCUCUGCACUGGUUCACACAUCGAAAGCCUCAGCACGGCGCUGAAGUGCCGAGCAUGGCCGCCCGUUCUCCUGCCGCCACAGGGUUCGAAAACGAGUGCAGAGAGAUCCAUGGCGCCUGCGACGAGCCGCGCCGCCUGAGCCGCCUCCUGGCUCGCCGGAGCACAUCGGAGAGGCAGCAGAUCAAGGCGACGUACCGCGCAAUGUUCGGCGAGGACCUCGCCGGCAGGCUCCAUAAAACCCUCACGGCCAAUCAGAACAACGAGUCUCAGCAUGGCCUCCCUCUCCAGCUCUGCAAUCUGCUCUACCUGUGGAUGCUUGACCUGGCGGAGCGAGACGCGAUCAUGGCGAGGGACGCCAUCGAGAGCGGCGCGGCGGCCGAUUACCGCGCCCUUGUCGAGGUCUUCACGCGGCGGAAGCAGGACCAGCUCUUUUUCACCAAGCAGGCGUACCUGGCCAGGUUCAAGAAGAACCUGGAGCAGGACAUGGUCACCGACCCCUCGCACCCUUAUCAGAGACUAUUGAUAGCUCUGGCAACCUCCCACAAGUCGCACCACGAUGAACCCAGCCAGCACAUCGCGAAAUGCGACGCCAGGCGAUUGUACGACGCCAAGAACGGCGGCGGCACGGGAUCGGUCGACGAGGCCGCCGUCCUCGAGAUGUUCAGCAAGAGGAGCAUCCCACAGCUCAGGCUGGCGCUCUGCAGUUACAAGCACAUAUAUGGGCAUGACUUCACCAAAGCACUGAAGAAGAAUUUGGCUCGUGAUUUUGAAGAGUCUCUGAGAGUUGUUGUCAAGUGCAUCUACACUCCUUCCAAGUAUUACUGCAAGUUACUGCAGAGAAGCAUGCAACGCCCAGAAGCCGAUAAAAGGUUGGUUACGAGGGCUAUCUUGGGCAGCGGCGACGUCGGCAUAAACGAGAUCAAGUUGGCGUUCAAGAGUAACUUCGGAAAGAACCUUGCAGAUUUCAUCCAUGAAAGCUUACCACAGAGUGAUUACAGAGAGUUUCUUUGGUUAUGGCAAGGGGGCCAGUGCCCAGUAGCAUCAUAA